AUGAGUGGAGCCGGGGUACGAUCACUGCAAGCUAUUGCUUCUCGGUUCAAGAUCAUCAACCAACAAUGUUCUCUUUGGAAGGCAUGUAUAACAAAGGCCAAUGCAAGGCAUGUGAGUGGCUCCAAUAUUGAAGAUGUGGAUAUGAAUGCAAAAACACUUUUCUUGAAUGAUAAUAAACCUUCGAAUAGGCCUUUCAAGUUGUAUCAUGCUUGGCAAAUCUUAAAAGAUUGCCCAAAAUGGAACGACCUAUGUGAAUCUCCCACACAAACAUUCAAAGAUUCUUCUCAUAGUGGCAAUACAGUCAGUUUGGAGGAAGAUGAAGAUGAUGUGGUCAUGCCCACUCCAAGGCCAUUGGGAAGAGAUAAACAGAAGGAUGAAAAAAAGAAAGGGAAAGGUGUUGAAAGUUAUCUCAACCAAAGUGGUAAGUUCUUGUCUGAAUUGGUUCAACAAGGAAAUGAGGCAAAAGAGGAUAGGAGGUGA